UUAGAAGUGACAAUCUGUUUGAUUAACAAUCUAGUUUAUAUUGCCAGUUAAUCUUAAGUAUCUUCACCAUAAAAAGUUGUUUGUCCAACCUUUCUGUGUGAACAUAAAAUCGCUUUAAAAUUGUAAAACAUUUACUUUUAAAGUGUGCUUUGUUCAACAAUUUUAAACCAGGCAAGAUCAGCCAUAAAAAGGAGAUAAUUAAAUACUCAAUUUGCUCAUCUAAUCAAAUUAAGACUUGAAUCUUAAACCUCCAUUGUGAACUUGAUACAUUUUUUCAGUUUUUAAGUUAAGGUUAUUCAAUCAAACAAGGAUUCAAGAAGCAAUAAGCUAAUCAACUAGGAAUGGCAAGUAAAGGUAAAGUUGCUGUUAUUGGAAGCGGUCUUGUUGGUCAAAACUGGGCAAUGAUUUUUGCCUCAGUUGGCUAUUCAGUUCAAUUGUACGAUGUGUCUGAGGAUAAAAUUAGUGGAGCUUUGGGUAAAAUUAAGGAAACAUUGAAGACCUACUCUGACAAGGGCAUUUUAAGAGGUAAUCUUGAUUGGGAAAAGCAGUCACAAUUGAUUACGGGAACUUUGGAUCUCGGUGAAUGUCUUAAGGAUGCCUUUUAUGUUCAGGAAUGUGUCUUUGAAGAUAUUGCGUUGAAGCAAAAGGUUUUCUCAGAUAUCGACUCAUUGGUAAGCGAGUCAACCAUCAUGGCAAGUUCAACGAGCAGGAUUCCACCAUCAGUCAUCUUUGAAAAGUGUAAAAAUCGAUCCAAUGGUUUAAUAGUUCAUCCCAUAAACCCACCGUAUUUCAUUCCCUUGGUUGAGAUCAUUAAGAGCCCUUGGACCAGUGAAGAGGUUACCCUCAAAGCGCGCACUUUGAUGGAUGAGGUUGGACAGAAGCCGGUUGUUGCCAAUAAAGAGGUUCUUGGUUUCAUCGUCAAUCGAAUACAGUUUGCCAUUUUCGCUGAAUGUUAUCGACUGAUUGAGGACAAAGUAAUCAGUCCAGAGGAUGUGGAGACGGUCAUGUCGGAAGGACUCGGUAUGCGAUAUGCUUUUCUUGGUCCAUGGGAAACAGCUCAUCUCAAUGCGGCCGGAGUUGAAGAUUAUUUCAAAAAGUUUGGUCCUGGAGUUGUUGAUGUAUUGAAGACUUUUGGUCCAAACCCAACUUCAUUGGAUGGUCAAGCUGCUCAGGAUAUAAUUGAAGCGAUCAAUCGCAAGGUUCCUCUUGGACAACUUGAGGAGAGAAGAAAGUGGCGUGAUAAUAUGUUAAUUGCAUUGUCUCAGGUUAAGAGACAAUCUUAAUCAACAAUUUAUCAAACUCAUAAACAGAAUAGCAUUUCGAGAAAAUUUAAAUUCUUAAUUUGAGAAAAUUAAUAUCAAUAUAAGCAUCAGACUAACAUUAUUUUACAAUUAUUGAUAUUGAUUGACUAACAUAAAAUGAGAAUCUGUUCACUGCAUUCAUUAAUCAAUUGGCGAUUUGAUUUUAAAUUGUUAUAUACGGGUUGAACCUUAAUUCCAGAUUAAAGUUGUAUUAAUCAAUAUCAAUUUGAGCUCAAUUGCGUUCACUUGAUUGAUAUUUAAUGUUCAUUUUUCAACUCAUAUCAAAGUUAUUUACUAAAUUUAGAUUUGCGUUUUGGAUCAACAAUUAAAUCCGUGAAGAUUUUGUUUGCAUCAAUUUGUCUAAAUCAAUAAAAUAUGUAACCAGACUUGAUUGUAAACUGUCUCGAUUGAGAUUUAAAUUUCAUUUGAAUCAAAUAAAAGUGGUUAAUUCGAUACUAA